AACGUGUGCGGAGUAUCGUGUGGUCUAUCGUGUGGCGGAAAGUUCACGUAGAGACACGUGGUCGAGCGGUUAACCAUGCACACAUGCGCCGUACGCCUCAUCACCUACGCACAAAUCUACGAUACAGGCAUAUAUCCUAUAAUCUACGUGGUGUACAGCCGCGCCGCAUUCACCUGUCCAGCACACGAAAUACGUAGCAGCGACACGUAGCUGACACUUUUCUAUCCUUAAUAACAGCCUAUAUACGACACGAGAGACAGGUACGGUGUUCGAAACAUACGCGUAUCUUAGUCGUAUAAACGUGGAAUCGAAAGGCGCAAGCGUCAAAUAUUCCCUCUCCCUUUCUCUUUAUAGAGCGCGUGUGCGCGCGCCUACACGGACAAAAUGACGAUGACGGGUAGACGAGUUGAAUCGAGCUUUUCCAGGUCCACGAAGCGCAGGCGCGCUGAACCGACAUCGUAUUGCAGGAUUCUGCAAAGACCAAAGGGGUCUUUCAUCCCUCUUCAUUUCCCUCUCCUCCUCCUCCUCCUCCCCAAAGCCCCAUUUACUACAUUCUCUUGGCUCGGCAUUCCAUCUCUUUCUCCUCCCUCCUCUCUUCACCCUAUCCCUACUGUCUUUCGAUUUCCCUGCCACUCCCCUUUUUUCAACCGUCGAUGGCCGUACGUGCGUACGCCUGCGUAUACGUCGCCACUAUUUAGUACCACGUUUUACUACUGAUACUUACGACCUACUACGCGCAGCGGCGUACCGCACGCUUUUUCAUUUCUCUUCGAACUUUGAUCGACGAAAAGAAUCCUCUACAAUGAAUUAUUUUCAUUUUCUCGAUUGGUAUUUGACGAACGAUUCGAUCGGAGAAAAGUCCAUCUUCAUUCUUAUCUCCUCUUGAGGAGGACAAAUUUCUAUGAGAAGUUUGAUGCGAAGAUUGCGAGGUCUUCGAAGCAAAGGGCGAAGAUAAGGGUGACGGUGGUAGAGCGUAGAUAAAUGUUAAAUCUCUCUCUCUCUCUCUCUCUCUCUCUCUCUCUCUCUCUCUCCCUCUCUCUCUGAGAUCAUGAUCGUACGUCUCAGAGAACGAGAAAAAUAAAGAGGAUGGGGCUGGGGUGGAAAGGGCAGAAAGAAAGACACACAUGGAAGUGACAGACGAUUCGAGCGAAAGAGAUAGAAGGGAAGACGAAAGAGGGGAUGUAUCGAAAGGAAAUCAGGGACUGAACCCCGGCGUUGAACGAGGACAUGGAUAGACGUAGAAAAAGAAGUGGGUGGAGAUGGAGGACGGACGCGAAGCAGGAAAGAGGUUGUACGGUGACGUCAUGGUGGAUCGAUAGUUACCCACACUCCAUGGCUCGCGAGAGUAUUACGCGGGAAAAGCGCGUGCGCGGCUUCCGUACGCUUCCAAGUACUUCUUCCCGCCAUAUUAGCCACUAUGAGAUAGACGAGGAUGUGCGACAGGGGUGGCACAGGGUGCUUUUUCUCCCGUAAGGAGGGCCGGGGGGAAGUGAUAGACAUAAGCGCAAGUCCUGGAAGGCAAGCUCCUACCAACCAGUUGCGCCCCAAGGAACCACCAUCUUUGGUCAUCCAGGGAGACUUCCGAAAAAUAAGCGGGAUCAGUUCGGACAUCUUCAAGCAAAUCGAAACGGUCGAGAACGAUCAUGACGCCUCGACGGCAGCGGCCCUCGAAGCUGUUGAGCAAAGGGGUGACAUGGUCGUUCGCGUCAUCGAGCCCCGUCAAAUGGGCAGACAAGUGUCCGAAGCGGCAAAGAAAUUCAUUGCGAUGCAGGAUCCGAAACACCCUAUCCACCUUGUUGAGAUAAUUAAAAGGCCGGGACAGACGCUUGGCUUAUAUAUACGCGAAGGUAAUGGCGUUGACAGAAACGACGGUGUCUUCAUCUCAAGGAUAGCAUUGGAAACUGCCGUCUAUAACAGUGGCUGUUUGAAGGUAGGCGACGAGAUCCUCGCGGUAAAUUUAGUCGAUGUGACACACAUGAGCCUAGACGACGUCGUUAUUAUCAUGUCGAUACCGAGAAGGCUCAUUCUCUCGACCAGACACGGUCCCCAUCAAGCUGUCUCUCAUAGUCGUCAGGCCGAGCACAAAGCACCACCGGUGGUAGUAAUCAAGAGAGAACUGAACGAAGACGAGAGCGACCACGCUACGAGUAAUCAUGUCAGAGACAGUAGUCGCAGACGAGGCGACGGACGAGAAAUGUUGCCCUCCCGAUCGCAACUAGGCCUUACGGGUUUGGGAUCGAGUCAAGAUUUGGGUUCUAGUAACGGCGAUCUUUAUUACAAUUCGAGACCGGAAGGACAUUGGUCUUAUCAACCACCGCCACCACCUGUCAUCACCCAUCAACCGAAACCUGCGACCGCACAACAUUUUCAACCUUACGAGCGUGGUUAUCCGAAGACAUUGGAAAGUCUGGCCGAGAAAGAUUUUACGAAGGUACACUCCUUCUAUACUGGGCCAGUGAUGCCCUCGAACGAUGGACGUCGAAUGUCCACCGGUGGCGGAAUGCAAUCGGUCGCAGGAAGAUUGUCAGGGCAGACUCAGUCCUCUCAUUAUGGUUAUUCUCAGCAUGCCGGAAGUGGAAGGAUCAUUCCAAGAAGCGGUUCGGAUCAACAUUUGCCGCGCGUCGAUUACGCGAGCAUAACGAUGCCAGCUCGUCAUACUCUUCUAAGAUCGAGCUUAAAAUCGGGAACGUCGGCGUUGCGAUACAACACCAGAUACGGGACUCAAGCGGACACGCCGUCGAUCACACCAAGGCGAAAUCCAGUCGGUACUUUGACCAGGAGACACAGACCAUCUUUGGAUUAUGCUUCCGAUACCGAGGCCACGUGUUCGAGUUCACCGAAAUCUGCCUACUAUUAUUACAGACACAAUAUGAAUAAUCCACCAUCGAGCAGUGCCGUCUCCCAUCUUGCGACCCUUUCGAGAUCGCAAAUUGGUCAGGGUAUGGCGGGACUGAGAUCGAACUCUUUGCCCCGAAGUGGUAGAACGUUGCCGCAACAGCCAGGUAUCAGGUCGGGUCUCAGUACGGUGGCAUCAGGAUUGAUCGAUCAGGAAGACAGCGAUGGUGCUUUAUCGGCCCCGGAAUUGCCUUCGAUUAGACGGGACAGGGGUAGGAUACCAUCGUCGCCUAGCGUAUUCACUUCCGACGAAUAUCGAGCGUGGUUGAGCAGGACGCCUAGCACGAGCGCACUGUACGAGCAAAUCAGGGCCACCACAAAUCGACCGCCACGUUAUACCUAUAGCGCUGAAAAUAUUCACGCGGCGGUCAAUCAAGGCGAUUAUGGUAGUUACGGGGCGUACAGACCACUUUCUAGUACGUUGGACCGACUCUCAACGAGAUCUGCCUCGGCGCAACAAGUCAAUUUGGCGAAUUUGAGAGCGUCGACGGCUAUUAGUUCGACGUGUCAUCGGGGUACAGGCAAUCCUAGGCCGGCAUCGGUGGCUACAAGCGCACGUUCCUCUUUGACAAGUCAAAAACCGUCGUUAGGAAGCUCAGCGAGUCAAAGGGCAACAUCAGUUAGAAGAAUUAGAAACUUAUUAGAUCUUGAAUCUACGAGAAGUAUACCGACCCCUACACCUACCAGAACUCAGGAUCAAAGACUGCUAGAUAUUAAUCCUGCAGAGUUCCUCAAGUAUAAGAUAGAAAAGCCACCGACAGUGGGUACUCCGAGUUCGACCAGUUCCCUCUUGAGUUCGCUCGGGGAGACUAGCGGUGGUGAUCUGGCAGGUGGGGUCAGUGGAUUGCUCUGGGUACACUUAUUAGCGGGUCGCGGCCUUCGUUCGACUACGACCUCCUCGGCAGCAACUACACCCUCAACGCCAUCGGGUCAGCCUAAUUUAGCUAGCUGCGGCCUGAGAGACUUAUAUUGCGUAUUGGAGUGUGACAGAGUGCACAAAGCACGGACCGUAGUGCGAACGGGCGAUUUGAUGUUCGAUUGGGACGAAACCUUCGAGCUGGAUCUCGUAGGAAAUCGGCAGCUGGAUCUGCUCGUAUAUUCUUGGGACCCACAAUAUCGGCACAAACUCUGUUAUAAAGGAUCCGUACACUUGGCGACACUGCUUAAGGAAGCGGCGAUGCAUCAGUUGGCGGUUAAAGUCGAGCCUCGAGGUACAAUCUAUUUAAGACUGCGAUAUACCGACGCCCAGCAAACUUUUAGACGGAGGGGAUUACCAGUUAUAUCCCUCGCUACCAGAGUAGCUCCUUUGUUCGGAGUCGAUCUCGAUACCGUUGUUAGUCGAGAGUCAAAGACUGGAGGAGUUCCCGGUGGUGUUUCCACGGCACUAGCAAUGGGAGUUCCGAACGUACCGAUAAUAGUUUGGCGAUGCGUCGAGGAGGUUGAAAGGAGAGGCUUGGAUAUUAUAGGUUUGUAUAGACUUUGUGGCUCGGCAACAAAAAAGAGGAUAUUAAGGGAAGCUUUUGAACGAAAUGCACGAUCGGUCAAUCUGUCACCCGACAACGUACCAGACAUAAACGUCAUCACCGGCGUACUGAAAGAUUAUUUACGUGAACUUCCGGAGCCACUCUUUACUAAAUGUCUCUAUCAGAUGAUGGUCGACGCGCUGGCCGUUUGUUUGCCCGACGAUCCACAAGGCAACGCUAAACUCAUGUUCAGUAUAUUGGAUUGUUUGCCUAAAGUUAACAGAUGUACAUUGAUUUAUUUAUUAGACCACUUGGCAAUGGUCGUUUCUCAAUGUAACAAAAUGUCACCAGCGAGUUUGGCUGUCUGUUUUGGACCAGUACUCAUGUUACACUCCGACGAAGGUGGUCCUCCGUUGGAUUUCCAACAGCCGAUAGCUGUAUUGAAAUAUCUUUUGGAAAUAUGGCCAAUUAAGUCAGUUCGGAAGACUUCUUCAGUCGGUUCAGCGCUUCCUCGAGUUACGCCAGCAACCGAGCACAGCAACAGUCAGCAACAAGUGGACCAACAGCAGCAGCAGCAGCAGCAGCAGCAUCACCAUCACCAUCAGCAGCAGCAGCAGCAGCAGCAGCAGCAGCAGGUACAGCAACAGGUACAACAACAGGUACAGGGAACAUUGGGUCGAACAGGGCUGCUUUGGCAGCAGCCACCCUCACUUCAUCGUCCACCCCAAACUACAGCAGCCGAAGCCCUCGCACCCUCCAUUCGUCCGCCUCCGCCGCCGCCAAUCAAGCCUCGACAGGUGAUAGUCUCGUCUCCCGGUUCACCUAGCAGCGAGGAGUCGGAAGCCUCGCCGGAGCCGAUUGACAAGAGCCUCCUAGGGGGUUUGGGAUUUGAGAAGGUCGGGGAAACUACUACCACGACGGCUGGCUCGAUCAUAGCGGGUGCGGGUGCGGGUUCGGGUGUGGGAGCGGGCGCGAUCGCGAUCGCGACCGAACAAAUGACGCCUACGAGCAGCGUCGACACGGAGGAAGCCCGUAUCUUGGAAGAGCCUGAGAAAGGUGCCGAAGGAGACGUCGAGGCAAGCGACGACGAUCGCCAUCAGCAGCAACAGCCACAGCGACAGCAGCACCAGCAGCAGCAGCACCAGCACCAGCAGCAGCACCAGCAGCAGCAACAACAACAACAACAACAACAACAACUUCCGAAAACGAGCCAUUAAUUAGGGCUUGCGAGCGGAUAUCAUCGAACGUUGACGAAAUGCGCAGCGCAGUGAACGUAAACGGAAUAAGCGCGAGUGAGAUCAAUGCACUUCGUUUGAGCAAAUAAUAGACUAAACAUAUAAAUAGAAUACAAAUAAAAUAACACCGUGCUCGUAACGGAUCUCUGCCGAUCU